ACUUUCAGCAUGACCUUCCGCAGUUAUCGGAAGGGUUGGUUUAAAGACUACAACUCCCAUCAGGCUCAGCAAGGUCGGUUUAGGGCCCAAGGAGACAAUGAGAGGAAUAUUUUGUGUCCUAGCCGGUGGGGAUUAGGAUCUUGAGGGCCUAGACUUAAGAGCUUUUAAGAUAAACUGAGAGAGCUGGAAGGAACGCCAGAAGUUACGGAACCUACGGCUCGGCGAGCUGGAACGGAAGUACCCGGACAGAGAGAGAUGCUUCAAAUUGGUCCACAGAGAAACUGAAAACCCUGUUCCUGGCCGUUCGAGUAGAAAAUGAAGAGGGCAAGUGCGAGGUGACCGAAGUGAACAAGCUUGAUGGGGAGGCAUCCAUCAACAACAGGAAAGGCAAACUUAUCUUCUUCUAUGAGUGGACCAUCAAACUGAACUGGACAGGUACCUCUAAGUCAGGAGUGCAGUACAAAGGACAUGUGGAAAUCCCCAAUUUGUCUGAUGAAAAUAGCGUGGAUGAAGUGGAGAUUAGUGUGAGCCUUGCCAAAGAUGAGCCUGACACAAAUCUCGUGGCCUUAAUGAAGGAAGACGGGGUGAAACUUCUGAGAGAAGCAGUGGGAAUUUACAUCAGCACCCUCAAGACAGAGUUUACUCAGGGCAUGAUCUUGCCCACAGUGAAUGGAGAGUCAGUAGAUCCAGUGGGCCAGCCAGCACUAAAGACUGAGACUUGCAAGGCUAAGUCUGCUCCUUCAAAAAGCCAGGCCAAACCUGUUGGUGUCAAAAUCCCCACUUGUAAGAUCACCCUUAAAGAAACCUUCCUGACCUCCCCAGAGGAGCUCUAUAGAGUGUUUACCACGCAGGAGCUGGUCCAGGCCUUUACCCAUGCCCCCGCUGCCUUGGAAGCCGACAGAGGUGGCAAGUUUCACAUGGUCGAUGGCAACGUCACCGGGGAGUUUACUGACCUGGUCCCCGAGAAACACAUUGCUAUGAAGUGGAGGUUUAAGUCAUGGCCAGAGGGGCACUUUGCCACCAUCACCUUGACCUUCAUUGACAAGAAUGGAGAGACAGAGCUGUGCAUGGAAGGCCGUGGCAUCCCUGCUCCUGAGGAAGAGCGGACGCGGCAAGGCUGGCAGCGGUACUACUUUGAGGGCAUCAAACAGACCUUUGGCUAUGGUGCACGCUUGUUUUAGGGCCAGCAACAGGGGUUCUGGCCCUGUUGAAACUUUAGUCCAGCCCUCUCGCAAUGGCUUGUGACUCACAGGAUUGCACCAUCCCCACUGCUAACUUGGGGCUGGGGCCUCCCUUUCACAGAUACCUUGGGUUUGUGCAUGUUUUCUGCUGGGUGGGAUCUGAGGGUGAUUUCUCUUUUACCUGUACAUAUGCUAAGUAAACAGAAUUUUAAAGGCAUGCAUUUCUUACAAUCUA